UGGCACUGUUAGAUAAUAACUCCAUUCUUGGGAAUUAUUCUCAGUGGUGCUCUGUGCAUUCUCUGAGGGCCAAGCAAAGGAGUGGACAGCUGUGUGGCCUGGGAGAUGAGAGGGGCAUGGCACGAAUACUACUGGAAUGCAGUCUCAGUGACAAGCUGUGUGUUGUCCGGGAGCAGCAGUACGAGAUUAUCAUCAUCCCAACCAUCCUGGUUGGCAUCUUCCUUAUCCUUCUUGCCGUCAUCCUGUGGCUUUUUAUCAGAGGUCAAAGAGCUCAACAACAGUCUCCUGGACUCCGAGGCGUUGGCCCUGUGCCUCCAACUAGGGGCCUAAGCUGGGAGGCGGCAGGGCAUGGAGGAAGUGUGCUCGUGCCACUUAAGGAGACCUCGGUGGAAAGCCUCCUACGGACUACCACUCAUGCUCUGGCUAAGCUGCAGGUGCCCCGGGAGCAACUCUCUGAAGUUCUGGAGCAGAUCCACAAUGGUAGUUGUGGAACCAUCUACCGAACCAAGAUGUACACGGGGGACCCUGCUAAGCCAAAGAGUGUUGUCCUCAAGGCUUUGGAAGAACCGACUGGGCUCCAGGAAGUACAGGAUUUCUUAGGGCGAGUCCAAUUCUAUCAGUACCUGGGGAAGCACAGGAACCUGGUGCAGCUGGAAGGCUGCUGCACGGAGAAGCUGCCGCUCUAUAUGGUGCUGGAGGAUGUGGCCCAAGGGGACCUGCUUAGCUUUCUCUGGACCUGUCGGCGGGAUGUAAUGACCAUGGAUGGCCUUCUCUAUGAUCUCACAGAAAAACAAGUCUAUCACAUUGGGAGGCAGGUCCUCCUGGCUUUGGAAUUUCUCCAGGAUAAGCAUCUGUUCCAUGGGGAUGUAGCAGCUAGGAAUAUCCUGAUCCAAAGUGAUCUUACUGCCAAGCUCUGUGGACUGGGCCUGGCUUAUGAAGUCCAUGCCCGAGGGGCCAUCCCAGCUACUCACUCUGUACCUCUCAAGUGGCUUGCCCCAGAGCGACUUCUGCUGAGACCAGCUGGCAUCAGAGGAGAUGUCUGGUCCUUUGGGAUCCUGCUUUAUGAGAUGGUGACUCUAGGGGCACCACCAUAUCCUGAAGUCCCUCCUACGAGCAUCUUACAAUAUCUCCAAAGAAGGAAAAUCAUGAAGAGACCCAGUAGUUGCACACAUACCAUGUAUGGUCUUAUGAAGUCUUGCUGGCGCUGGAGUGAGGAAAGCCGCCCUUCACUGAGAGAGCUGCACUCACGUGUAGAAAUCGCCACUCGAACUGCAGAUGACAAAGCUGUGUUGCAAGUACCUGAGUUAGUGGUGCCUGAACUGUAUGCAGCUGUGGCGGGAAUCAGCGUGGACAGCCUCUCCUACAGCUACAGCAUCCUCUAA